AUGGCUUCAAAAGACAUCAUCUCGGUGCUCGACGGCGUCAGCCAUGCUUCGUUUAACGACGAGACCGAGCGGCUCCGUGUCCGUGCAGCUGCCCGUCGGUUGCUCGCGCGGGUAGAGUCUCCUUAUGAGAGAGCUUGGGGCUUCUGCUUCGAGCACCCCGUUGUCUCUGCCGCCCUUCAGACCUGCAUCGACCUUGGCCUCUGGAAGGCCUGGACCAGCGAGGGUGGUGCCGAGAAGUCGCUUGAUGAGCUUCUGAAGCUAUGCAAGACUGAGGUUGAGCCGAACUUGCUGCGCCGCUUGUUCCGCCUCAUGGCUGCUUUCAACGUCGUCGAGGAGACGGGCGUAGACAAGUUCAAGCCUACCCCGUUCUCGCUUGCCAUUGGCGACGAGAGCACCAAAGUCCGCGCAUCACUCGAAGCUGCUAAGAACCAAUACAUUCUCUGCGGCCUCAACCUGCCCAAGUACCUCUCCCAGAUCGGGUACAAGGAGCCCACGGCGCCAGAGAACAACAACCACUCGGGCGCCGACCCGGACGGGCUCAACUUCUUCGGCCGCCUGCAGAAGAGCCCCGACUACUACGAGGCCUUCACGGGCCACAUGGAGGCCUGGACGGCGUGGAAGACGCCCUGGACCAAGCUCUACGACCCGAGCAAGCUGCUCGAGGGCGCCAGGCUCGACGAGGGCGCCCCGCUCGUCGUCGACCUCGGCGGCAACACGGGCAUCGACAUCUCGCACGUGCUGGCGGCGAAGCCCGACCUGCCCGCCGGCGCCCUGGUGCUGCAGGACCUGCCCGAGAUCAUCGCGCGGGCCCGCGUGGACCCCAAGAUCACGGCCGUGGCGCACGACUUCUUCCUGCCGCAGCCCGUCAAGGGCGGCCGCGCGUACUUUAUGCACGCCGUGCUGCACGACUGGCCCGACGCCAAGGCCGCGGAGCUGCUGGCCAACACGCGCGACGCCAUGGCCAAGGGCUACUCCAAGCUGUUCGUGUACGACAUCGUGCUGCCGCCGACGGGCGCGAGCAUCAGCCAGACGACCAUGGACGUCAACAUGAUGUCGCUGCUGUCGGCGUCGGAGCGCACCAAGGAGCAGUGGGAGAAGCUGCUGACGGGCGCCGGCUUCAAGAUCGUCAACUACUGGCCUGACCCGCAGGAGUACGAGAUGCUGAUCGAGGCCGAGAUUGCUUGA